AAAUCUUCGUGCAACUAUUCUGGGAUAUUGCAUGCAGUCCUGCUGUAAGUUUCCACUGGUGCUCUUUUCUGGGUAAAGAAUGCAGACGAUAAAGUGCGUAGUUGUUGGAGAUGGUGCUGUGGGCAAAACUUGUCUUCUCAUCAGCUACACCACCAAUGCCUUCCCGGAGGAGUACAUCCCGACAGUGUUCGACAACUACAGCGCCCAAAUGACUGUCGAUGGGCGGACAGUUAGCCUGAAUCUCUGGGACACGGCGGGCCAGGAGGAAUACGACCGCCUGCGCACGCUCUCCUACCCUCAAACCAAUGUGUUUGUCAUCUGUUUUUCCAUUGGCAGCCCCUCUUCCUAUGCAAAUGUGAGGCACAAGUGGCAUCCUGAAGUUUCUCACCAUUGUCCCAAUGUUCCCAUUCUUUUAGUGGGCACCAAGAGAGACUUGAGAAGUGACCUGGAAACCGUUAAAAAAUUGAAAGAGCAAAGCUUGGCUCCCACUACCCCGCAACAGGGGACUUCACUGGCUAAACAAAUUGGAGCAGUCAAGUAUUUGGAGUGCUCAGCGUUGAAUCAGGAGGGUGUUCGGGAGGUGUUUGCUGAAGCUGUGCGUGCAGUUCUGUAUCCUGUGACAAAGAAGAACACAAGAAAAUGUGUCUUAUUGUAGUUACCUCGGCUAAUGGGCGUUCAAAGUUGAAUAUUGACUAAAAUCUCGGAGGUCUCUUUGAGUUAAGUUGAAGAUUUGCAUCUUGCACUAACAGCUCUAAGCAGAAAUGGUUUAUGCAAAGAAUAUUCUUGCAGGCUUAUUGCUUCAGGGAAACUGAAAAAGAAGAAUUUUUUCUUUUCUUUUUUUUUAUUUUUUUUUCCUUCCAACUGAGAGGUCAGACAUCUACUUAAUUUCUGAAGUUUUAGUCUCCAGCUUCUCCGGGGAUCACUGGGCUUAUUAAGUGGAGGAAGGAAAAAAAGGAGGGACUUCUUCGAAGCCAGUGUUCUUUACUAGACAACCAUCGGUUACUGAACUUGCUGAAAAGCACAAAUUCUGAUAACUUUGCUUUAAGUGUAGCUGCUGCUUUUCCUAUCCUGUCUUUACUGAUCAAUUUGGUUUUAGAAAACGGAAUUUGGGCUCUCCAAAUGUUGUUUUGUCAAUGUAAAGCUUGAAAACCAUUUGUUUACAUGCACAAAUGCCUGUGAUAUUACUGAGCUUCACUCGAUAGUGAAUUUGUGAUCAUUUAUGUGAAAGUUAACGUGCUGUGUGUUUAGUCCAAUGAGCAAGACACAGGGAACACCUGCAAUGAUUUUACUAAUAGAAGUGGGAACUGAUUUCCCUUAAUACAAAGAAUUUAGGAUCAUGGUAAAUCACUCAAAUGAGUGUUUUUGUGCUGUUGAACGGAGAGAUGGAAAAGUAGUUUAGCAAGAAGCCUUACGCAAUCUUCUCUAAAGUGAAUGAAUGUUUUAUUUCGCUUUCCAAUGAGAUUUUACAUUCUGAGAAUAAGGUUAUGGUUAUCUGCUUGAGGUAAUUGGGAUGAUGCUGCCCAAAACAAGCUUUUUGGUGUGAUCCCACUUUCCUUUUGAUGAAUUCCAGAGACUUACAGAAGCCGGUUUGCUCUCGAGGAAUUAAUGGCUUCAAUUCUUAAUGCUCUCGGGAGUCACCACAUGGGAUUUCAUGGCAAGUUCCUUUGCUGUAUUUCUGGCAGAUCACUGACCUAAAUUUUGGAAGCUCUUUUUACAGGAAUCAGGAGCCAUCAUUUCUUCAUGGCAACUCACUAAUAGUUUCAGUUAAUUCUUUUUUAAUCGUUAGCCAGUCACUGCUAGAUUUACCUGGGCAUUUUUUCCCAUCUUCCAGAUGAUCACAUAAUAUAAUCUGUUUUAUCUGAUGUUCCAUUUAUGUACUUUUUAACUUUUUCUAGUGGCUGUAGCAAAUGGCUGCUGACUUUUGUUUUCAGAAUAUGCACUGUUUCUUAUGUGUGAUUCUGGGACCAGCUGAGAUAUGAGCACCUGAAACCUUCCUUAACCUAUGGAGCUCGGUGAUGUGAAAAAAGAAUACUUCCAAGAUAUCUUGUAUGAAACCAAUGGUGCUGGCCUGGACUUUGUUGUCUAGAUUGGCAGUGGUGUCUGUCUAGAUGCCGCCUUAAUCAGUAAUUCAGAAGUUGCUUUCUUAGGAUUUCCACAUGUGUACGACCUGAGAAAAAAGUCUCAUUUUUAGCAAGGUAGCAGAAAGUACAUCAACAUGUUAUUAGGGAUCUUGUGUUAAAUUAACCUUGGUUUAUCUGAUACGGACAGAAAUACCAGGUAGAUGGAGACACAUUCACAUUUGUGCCAUCAUUCCCCUCUGAAGAGGAUGUGCCUUUCUUCAGCUAGUGUGACUGAUGCCGACACUAACUACAAUUUCUGGAUAUCUGAUGUAUGCUUAUACUGGUGUUGCUUUGGUUGCUUCUGCAACCUGAAAAUUAAAAACUGCAGUUUAUCCAAAUAUUGGUGUAUGUAGCUAGUGAAGCAACACUGAAUUCCAAACAUUACCUGAUUGCAGACAACACCAAAAUAUCCGUAAUGCCUGAUAUUUCUAGAAACUUAGAGGCUUCUGUUUGUUUCCUCACCAAGUGCCAUUUUCUGGAGUGUCUUUGCAUCUUUUGCACUUGUAGAGGGAGUGCUGUCCCAGGUGCGGCUCCUGCUGCAGCGUUCUGCAAGCUGUAAGGGAAUAGGAGUGUUUCAGUGAUGUAACUUCUACUCGCCACUUUCUGCCUUUAUUUUAAUAGGUAGCCUUUAACGUGGGCUUGACUUGUAGGCAGCAAUGAUUCUGUGCCUUGUAAUUCAAGAUUAUUGUUCUGUAGGUAAAUUUCAGUAACAGAGUAAAUAGUUUAUCAUUGUUUAAAAUAUAUUUAUUUAAGUCAGUGCAUGUUUUUAAUGCAGGUCAGGCGUAAAUCAAUGUUCUGGUUACCCUGGUGCAAGCCCGUAACUUUUGCUUAAGUCAAAGAUAUGUUUUGAAAAGGUUUGUGAUACAUUUGAACUGUUCUUAAAGAGACUUUUUAUUUCAACAACAGGCACCUCUCUUUUUGGCUACACAAAUUUGCAAUUUUAUACUGAAGCUACUGCUGUUAUUUUUAAGUUUUUACUCUUUUAGAUACUGAAAUCUUGUAAUUCUGCAUCUUUUGUGGAUAUUCAUAACUGGAUGACAAUAAUUGUAUGGAGGAGAAGUCCUGUGAGCAAAUACUGUCACCCACAUCCUGUUUCUGUAGGCUCACGGUGCUGCCAUCCUGGUGUUAACUGGAAGAGGGCAUGGAGAGAGAAACUACCACUUAAUCUGUUUGAAUUGAUUGCAUUAUACUAGAACACUUUAUCCCUAUCUAGAUAACUUAACAGAUUGCACAACAGUACCGGAGAGAUUAAUAUCAUUGUGAGGAAAAUAAGCAGAGAGUGAACUUUGAACAGAACCAUGAAAACUUUUACUGUUUUCAGAGUACCUCAUUAAUAGGCUCAUUCAAAUGCCUUGUACUUCUGUGUCUUUCUGUCAAGAGGAGCAAAAAUCCUGCUGGUUUGACAGUUCAUUUACUCCAGCAUCUGAUUUCCAUGUGAAAGGAUUCCAGGGGUGCAUAUAUCCAAUGAACUUUUCCAUUCAAUGGGCAUUCUCUCAGUUAUGAUCUUCCCUCUUUUUUUUUUUUUUCUGUAAUUUUUAGUGCAUUUUAAGCAGUCCAGCAUUUCAGUCUACAAUCCAUUCCCUUCUUCCUGCUCCUUUUUUUUUCUUUCUUAUUUUUUUUUCCUGUGGAUAGGUAACAAAUACAGACUUUAAACACCCAUAACUUCAUUUAUGAAAACAGACAAAAUCCACCUAUGUGACGGAAGUCAUGAGAAUUUCCAAAACUGCUCAAGAUUAUUUCUUGCUGUGUGGAAACGUAGUGUGUUACCAUUCACAGAAGAGACUCUACCAAGAGCCCCAUUUUAAUCUUUCAGCCUGUGAAUAAUUUCUCAAAUACGCAAGGAUUUUUUUUUUCCUG